AUGAAGGGAUUCUUCUAUACCCUCGCCACAUUGGCCUGCCUUUUGAUCCUCGUUGCAGCAUGGAGCAAAGAAGAUCAGGAAAUCUUUCGUCUGCAGAACGAAGUCGCUACCCAUGAGGGCACCGAAGUUACAUUUUACGAUCUUUUCGACAUUAAAUCAUCUGCCAAUCAAGAGGAAAUAAGAGCUGCCUACAAAAAGAAAUCUCGUACCCUACAUCCGGACAAAGUCAAAGCUCAAUUCAUCGCCGAUAAAUCUACAGGAAACAACGAAAAGUCCAAGUCAGGAAAGGACAAGAAGCCGGAUGUCAAUGUUUCGAAGGGCCCUUCGCAGGCAGCUAUCAAGGCACAUCAUCAAGCUGCUAGCGAUCGAUUCACACGGCUGGGUUUGAUAAACAAAAUUCUCUUGGGGGAGGGUCGCGCACGUUACGAUCAUUUCUUGAAGAAUGGAUUCCCAAAGUGGAAGGGCACUGGAUAUUACUAUGCCCGAUUCCGUCCCGGUUUUGGAUCUGUGCUCGUGGGCCUCUUCGUUUUCAUUGGAGGUGGUGGGCAUUAUCUCGCCCUCUAUUUGAGCUGGAGAAGACAGCGCGAGUUCGUGGAAAGAUAUAUUACAUUCGCAAGAAAUUCUGCAUGGGGUGGAAAUUCCAACCUUAAUGUGCCUGGCCUUGAUGGAACCUCUACACCUGGAACAGACACCGAUGCAGAUGCCGAUCCUACGGACAAGCCAAUGAACCGAAAACAGAGACGCAUGCAGGAGAAGGAUACCAAGAAAGACAAAACUGAAAAGAAGGUCAAGAAGGUCAAGGCUUCUGCACCUGGAACUCCAAAAUCUGUUAUUGGACCAAAGAAGAGAGUCGUUGCCGCAAAUGGCAAAGUGCUCAUUGUUGAUUCUGCCAGUAACGUAUACUUGGAGCAAGCUGAUGAGGAUGGUAAAAUGAAAGAAUUCUUGCUCGAUCUCGACGGGUUUCCUGCUCCUGCUAUGAGAGACACCGCACUUUUCCGCCUGCCAAUCUUCGCUUUCAACAAAACUUUCGGUCGAUUUUUGAAUAAAACUCCAGACGAAGAAGAAUAUGAGGAGGUAGAAGAUUCCAGCAGCUCCGGUGCUGAUGAUUUCGAAGUUCUUGAGAAAGUCAAGACCACUGCAACUAACGGCAAUGGAAAAGGAACAAGAAGGAACAAGAAAAAUGGUAGAUGA